AUAUCUAGUGACUCUGGAUAUUGGACACCGACACCAACAACCACAUCAUAUUGGUCGUACUGGACGCCCUCAACAACCUAUGUCACACGCUACACGCAGGAAAACGUCAUCGUCACAGUCACUUCGGUGUUGCCCUGUCCUGUUACCUCGACCAUUGUUUACUGGGAAUGCUGUGAUCAAUGCGACAACAACUGUUACAAUCCUCCGACAUCAAAUCCACCGAAUGGAUGGGUUGGAACAACGACGGUGACUUCUUACACGACCACUACUCCGGCGGCUCAGGCCAUACAGACGGUCACUAGUAAUGGACUGGUUAUUGUCAUGGUGGAUUCAAGUGCGCCAUCCCAGACGGCGACGCCCAGUGUGGUGUACGAGGUGAGCAGUGAAGCAGGCCCGCUGCAAGAAGGCGUGCUGUCGAGUUUUUGGCCCAUGGGCAUAUUGUUGGCCGCCAUUGCGACGAUCAUGAUAAUGUUAUAA